GCCGAACGGCGUUCUGCCUAUGACUGUGGCGCAGGCGCAGGCGCAGACUGAAGGCAGGAACGAGCGCGGGCACGGAUCGCGGACACGCGCAUUGUUGGGAGCGGAGAAGAUGCCGCCCGUAGACAGGCUGCUGCUGGAGGAGGCGCUGCUGGACAGUCCGCAGACACGUUCCCUGCUGAGUGUGUUUGAGGAGGAUGCAGGCACAUUAACUGACUACACAAACAACCUGCUGCAGGCCAUGCAGAGGGUGUACGGUGCUCAGAAUGAGAUGAGUAUUGCCACACAGCAGCUGUCCAAGCAGCUCCUUGAAUACGAGAAGCAGAACUUCGCCUUGAGCAAGGGGGAUGAUGAAGUGAUUUCUACUCUGCACCGCUUUGCCAGAGUUGUGGAUGAGCUCAAUUCUCUUCAUACGGAACUAGCUAAACAAGUUGCUGACACCAUGAUAUUCCCAAUGAUACAGUUCAGGGAAAGAGAUCUUACCGAAGUAAGCACUUUAAAAGAUUUGUUUCUACUUGCUAGUAAUGAACAUGACAUGGCCAUGGCCAAGUACAGCAAGUUACCCAAGAGAAGAGAAAAUGAAAAGUUGAAGGCGGAGGUGGUAGCUGAAGUAGUUGCGGCAAGGCGAAAACAACACCAUUAUUCCUUGCAGUAUUACUGUGCCUUAAACGCUCUGCAACACAGGAAGCACGUGGCCAUGCUGGAUCCAUUACUGGGCUUCACUCAGAGUCAGAUCAACUUUUUCAAGAUGGGAGUGGAGAUGUUUUCAAAGAAGUUGGAUGAAUUUUUGUCUUCUGUUGCAAACAUGGUUCAAAGUAUCCAAGGGCAACUGGACACUGAGGCUGAAGCAAUGCGACUGACCCAGCAGGAACUGCUGCUGGCUAGUGAGACCACCUACGUGCCUGACAACACCACCUCAUCCAAUAAAGCUAACAGGAAUCUUCUUCAAAAGGCUGGAUAUCUGAAUAUUCGAAAUAAAACUGGUCUUGUGUCUACAUCCUGGGAAAGGCUGUACUUUUUUACCCAAGGAGGUAAUCUGAUGUGUCAGCCACGAGGAGCAGUGGCCGGCGGCCUCAUCAUGGAUCUGGAUAACUGCUCAGUCAUGGCAGUGGACUGUGAAGACAGAAGAUACUGUUUUCAGAUCGCAUCACCUUCAGGAAAAAUGAACAUUAUUCUGCAAGCAGAAGGCAAGCAGGAAUAUGAAGAGUGGAUUUGCACUAUCAAUAAUAUAUCCAGACAGAUCUACCUCACUGACAACCCAGAGGCAAUUGCAAUCAGGCUGAACCAAACAGCCGUGCAGGCAGUGACCCCAAUGUCCACCUUUCAGAAGAAACAUGAAAGUUUUCGCCCUAAGCGAGUUGAGAAUGAAGGUGCUGAAGCUGCCGGUAAUGAGAAAGUUUUGACAGACCUGCCAGAAUCAGCAGAGCCACUCAUCAUUCCUGGAACACCGAUUCGAUUUGACCUGUGUCCACCAAGUGAAGAAAAUCAGCCUGCCAGCAGAGGCACAGGCCCAUUGGGAAAAUCAGACCCUGACAUAGAUACUGCUCCAGAAGAUUUACUCCUGCAGCAAGUGUUUACUGUGAGGUUUCUGGGCUCCAUAGAAAUAACAACAGACCAGGACAGUGAAGUGAUCUAUGAAACGAUGAGACAGGUUCUGGCUGCUCGGGCAAUUCACAACAUCUUCCGUAUGACUGAAUUUCAAAUGGUAGUCAACUCCAGGAUGCUGAGGUUAACUGAUCCAUACACUCAGAAUACAAAGAUAAGUUUCCCUCUCAGUGAGGUGUCCCUGUCUGCGACCCAUCAGGAUAACAAGAGGUUAAUUGGCUUUGUGGCACGAUCUCCUGAAACAGAGGCAAUGCUGAACUGCUGCAUCUUUGAAACAAAUAACGAUGGAAAUGAGAUAUGUUCUGUUAUCAAUCUUGGAAGGAGACUUACUCAGGCAGAGAAGGAUCCAGAAGCUUUGGCCGCACUUAUGAAGUCAACAGAACUCAGUGCUGAUGGGAGAUUCCUUCUACUCGGUCAGAUGGAUAAAGAUGAAACAGAUGCUUGUUUGGAAUCGGAAGCCUAGCCUAACGUUUAUACCACGUCAUCUGCACUCCCUAACUGUACCUCUUCUGCUUUGCUCCGACCUCCUUCCACCUUCACACUGGUGAAGCUCUGGGUUAACUGUAACUCAACUUUGUACUUGUAAUUUGGGGAAUUAGGGCUAAUUUACACAAUCAAAUUUACGAGCAAGAAGUCAGGAACUCAAACUCUAAAUAAUGUUUUAAAACAGUCUUUCAUCAGGCAGGAGACAAAACUUUGAGUAAUCCCAGCAUUUCAUAACAAAGGUUGAAGACCGGUUUGUAUUUGAGUCUUUCAAAACCUCAGACAUUCCCAAAGUGUUUUCUACUUAUUUGCAUUUAGCUAAAUAUGUAGUAUACUUUUGUGAUAACUUGGCCAAUUUAACUACAGCGAGUGCAAUAUUUACAGUACACAUAGCCAAGUAUUUCACCUUAGUGUGGAUUUUGUAGGAUAGCAGUUUACAAUAAAGCUGAAAUACUGACCUGGGGUGAGCAGUUGAAUACAUGAGUAUCUUUUAUCAGAUAUACCCCUGUAUUUUAAACUUCGGCAAGCCCCCUCACAGGAAAAAUGUUUUCAUAGCAGUUCUCAUUUCAUAUCACUGUUCUCAUUUAAUCACUUGUGGGCUAACAAGAUUCCAGUCAAAUAAAGUUGUACAAAGAUAAGGGGGUUGGAGGGACAGUAAUGCUGUACAUUACUGGUCUUUAUAAUGUUAAAAUAGUUCACGGGUUCAACAGGUAUUGGUGGAAGGAAAGUUUGGGUGGGCUGGGUUUGUAAUGCUGCACUCAAGAAAGAUGAGGAGAAUUAAAAUUCUGAGGGUUUUAAGCUGGAUGCAGUGAUGAUAUUUCUGCUUGUGGGAAUAUCUAAAACCAGGAGUAAAAAUUGGGUUGUCAGUAGAUUUUUUUUUGACUACAGCUAGUUUUCUAAUAAUUAAGUAGGAACAGCCCUUCUGAAUGUUUUGAAGGUAGAUAAUAAGCAGGCAGAUGAGAAUGUGCUGCGUUGACUGGUGGAAAGUCAUAGAUCUGCUCAAUCCUAAUGUCCUACUGCCAUUUGCUGCAUGCAGUGCUUUCCUUACACCACUUGGUGCCUCAUUCCUUCCAAACAUAACAGGAAAGGAGUAGGUUGAUUGUAUACAGGUAAACUCUUUAAAGGAACUAUAGGAUGAACAAAACUGUCCUGGAUGAGUUAGUAGAGUGCAUACUCCAUAGUGUCAGAACCUUACUUCCAAACGACAAGCACACAAUCAGUCCUUCCAUACAAGUGACAAAUUCCCACAGCCUCUUCAUUUCCCUCCAGGCUGCAUUCUGUCCUGAUGUGGCAAUGUUCUUACUGUUGCUGGUCCAAAUCCCAGAGACCUCACGGCACUGGGGAGAAGUGCCACAGGAAUGACUGCAGCAAACACACUGCCAUCUUCAGGUAAAUCCUGGCUGGCCUUGCCAGCAGCAUCUCCAAAAUGAAUUACAAAAAUAAAAACCCUUGCUUUUUACUGGGUAUCUUCUUCAUUCAAACUGGUUCACACACCCAAAGAGAGGCAUUGAGCAAACUUAACCAACUAACAUUAAAACCCACCAUCAUUCGCUUUAAGUAUGUUAUAAAUUUAGCUUUGAUUGUCGAGUUAAACACAAAGAGUUAAAACCCUUUGAAGCCAGUGAUGAGGGACAAGUGAACUGUGGGCAGCCUGGAGAGUAAAUGGAAAACCCCAGGUAGGUUUACUGCCAUAAACAUAAACAUAAAUAUUCUGCAGCUGCACACACAAUCUGCCAUGGCUGGUAGUGAGGUGAAGGAUUCUUUCACCCAUAUCAUGGAGGUGGAAGAUUGUGCAGGCAGUGGUGGACCUUUCUCAAGCAGCUGUCAUUUCCUCUGGCCUGGGCUUUUGAGCUACCUUCAGAUGUGACAUCACAUUCGAGCGGUAAUUUGAUCGUGAUGAGCGAUUACUCACUUGUGUGGCUACCCAUGGAAGCAAGUUGCUGCUAAUAUCUGACACACUGUUUGACAUUCUGGUUGUUUUAUUUUUUGAGGAGAAUAAACAUUAAAUACUCUA